AUGACCAAGACAGUUACUGAAGCAAAGAUUUUGAUUGAAAAUCUAGCCUCAAGCGACAGUGACAACUUCAUUGGGCAUGAGAGAGCAGUGAAGGCCAUAAAUUCUGAUCCAUACAGAGAUGGAUACAGCGAGAUCAAAGCCAUGAUGGCUGAGAUACUGAGAAACCAAGGAAGAGAAGUGGAGAGACAAAGAGAAGCUUAUAGAGUUGAGUCCACAAUAAUUCAAGAUUACUUUGGAGAUUUGAUUCCAAGUUUCCAAGAAGAAGUAAACUUUGUUGGAAUAGAUGGAUCAGCACAUAUAGAAGAAGCUUGGAAAGGAGAGCAUGAUGUUUUUACUCAAGAAUCACCCAAUGAGAAGAGGGAUGUUCAUAGAGGAAGAAAUUAUCAGCAACCACCUCACAAGAGAAGAAUGGAGCCAAGGAGCAAUUUUGAAGAUUUGAUAACUUUCAUCAAGAGUUCUCAUAGAGAGCACACAGCCUUGAUUGAUGAGAGAUUGGAGUCAGCCUUCACAAGAUUGAAUGAGAAGUUGGAUUCAAUUUCUUCUUUCACAAGAGACUUGGAUCUUAGAGUUGCCAACAUAGCCAGCUCUAUUAAGAGAGAAGAAGGUGUGCUACCAGGAAAAGUGGAAAUCAAUCCAAGGAGAGCAGCUGUAGCAGCUAUCACUCUUAGGAAUGGAAAAGGGUAUGAACCACCAGCAUACCCAGAUCAAGAGGAAGCAAAACCGCCAACCAAGAAGAAACCAAUGGAGUAUGUCAUUAUUGGAGAUGGGACUGAACCACCUAAGGAAGUCCAUGUCAGAAUAGAACCAGGAACUCAGGAGGAAGUGGAGAAGCCACCUGAAGAACCAAGAGUGUAUGAGCCAAAGAUCCCAUACAGAAAUGUUCUUUCUCAACCCAAGAAGGAGAAGGAGCAAGCAAAGCUCAAGGAUCUUGUUAGCCAACUUUCAGUAAGGUUACCUUUCAUUGAUGCUUGCCAAAUAAUUCCAUCUCUCAGGAAGUAUAUGAAGGCCAUACUCACAAGCAAUGUGAGUCUUGAAGAAGGAGCAAUGAUGAUUACAAAGGAGUGUAGUGCCAUACUUCAGAAUCGCAUGCCAGAGAAGCUGAACGACCCAGGAAGUUUUGUUUUGUCUUGCAAGAUCGGUUCUACACACUUCCAUAGAGCACUUUGUGAUUUGGGUUCAAGUGUGAACCUAAUGCCUUACUCAGUGGCCAAGCUAUUGGGCAUCACUGACUUCAAACCUACAAAGAUCUCUCUAGUCUUUGCAGACAGAUCUGUUCGCCGCCCUGUUGGUGUUAUUAUGGAUGUUCCAAUCAUGGUUGGAGAUUGCUACAUCCCUGCUGAUUUUGUAGUUCUUGAGCUGGAACACCAACCUAAAGACCCUCUUAUCUUGGGAAGGCCAUUCCUAGCUACUGCAGGAGCUAUAAUAGAUGUCAAGAAUGGAAAGAUUGACUUGCAUCUUGGAGAUAUAGUGAUGAAUUUCGAAGUAAACAAGUCUAUGGAGAAGCCAACUGUAGAUGGUCAAGCUUUUUGGAUUGGGAGCUCGCAGAGACAAGAGAAGAAGUGCUGGAUGAACUCCUUCUUAUUGAUCCCUUGGAGCUAG